GCGCCGGGCGGGCGUGGGGUCAGGGCCGCAGCUCGGUGCUGCAGGCGUCGGGCAGCUCCCGGGCCCGGCCAUGGCGGGCCGCCCCGCUCGAUACCUCGUUUUCUUCCAAUACCUGGGCACGGACUUUCGUGGUGUGAUGGCCGUUAAACCUCCUCAGGCAGGGUCCGGGGUCCAGAACCACCUAGAGCGGGCGGCCGAACGGCUGGGCAGCGAGGAGCCCGUCGGUUUCACCAUCUCCAGCCGUACAGACAGCGGGGCCCACGCCCUCUGCAACUCAGCUCACAUAGACGUCUGCCGCCCGGAGGGUCGCGAACCCCACCCCCCACACCUCCUCACUCAGAUCCUCAACCGCCACCUGGAGCACCCGGCCAUCAGGGUGCUCCGGACCGUCCGUGUGGCCGACGACUUCCACGCCCGUUUCUCGGCCACGUCUCGGCGCUACGUUUACCGGCUGGUCUCCGGCUGCUCCCGGCUGCAUCAGCUCCCGGUGUGGGAGCGGAAGCUGUGCUGGGUCACCCGGGCCACGCAGCUGGACGUUGCGGCCAUGCAGGAAGCCGCCGGGCACUUGGUGGGGACCCACGACUUCAGCGCCUUCCGCUCCACCGGCAAGUGUGACGCCUGGAGGAACCCGGUGAAGACCCUGGUACGGGCCACGGUGGUCCCCGGGCCCCCGGGCCCCCUCGCCCGCCACAGCGACUGCAGGCUGCAGUUCUGGGAGUUGGAGUUUGAGAGCCAGUCCUUCCUGUACAAGCAGGUGCGGAGGAUGACGGGCGCCUUGGUGUCCGUGGGCCAGGGGCUGCUCCGCCCCCAGCAGGUGCGGGACAUGCUGGCCAGUGGCGCCCCCCCGUCCCAGCCGUUCAUCAGGAUCGUGCCAGCCUGGGGGCUGUUCCUCAAGUCGGUCCAGUACCGGGACCUGGAUUGGGAGAGCGACGCAGUCCCAGCGUGAGAGAGCCGGAGCGGGACCCCUGUGGAAAGAAGAGUGCUACUGCCGCCAGCCACGCGUCUGGUUGCCGUGACUCCGCCUAGGGCUCGGGCGCCAGGGGAUGGGACCUAGCAGCAGCUCUGCCACCUGACCCCCGCCUUCACGCAGCCCUUCCCUCCGAUGCCGGCCAGGUUGGAACCCGGGGAGACGGGACUAAAGGGCUGGGCCUGGUGCCUCUUCCAUUCGCAGGUGGCAGGGCAAGGCCACCGGAAGAGAAGCGGCCGUGGCCGGCCGGCACCCCACGGGAACCCAGACCCGGGAGAAGUCUCGAUUGGGUGCCCCCCGAGCUGGCUGCUGUCCCGCAGCUACGGUGGGAGAAGACUAUGGGUAAUAAAAGGACCUACGAUUCCCCACUG